AGAAUAAACGACGCACACGUUUUUGUGUGUCAACUAUACUUAAAGUUGUCUUGCUUUCACGCCACGAGCACAACACUGGUGACCCCGACGCUUCACUGAACGGAUUCGGUGAAUAUUAGCGACCAUGACGGCGAAUGCGGUUUCUCUUAAGCUGCCCGAGUUCUGGGAAACUUCCGCGACCACAUGGUUUGCCCAGGCCGAGGCACAGUUCGCCCUGCGUGGUAUCACCGAGGACGACACUAAGUUUUAUUAUGUCGUGUCCUCCCUUGGGAGCGCGACGGCGGACAGAGUGGUUGGCAUCCUCACGCACCCACCGGAGAGGAACAAGUACCUCACGUUGAAGGCUCACCUCUUACAGACAUUUCAACUUUCUGACGCGGAGCGAGCUAGCCGCCUUUUUUCGUUGCAGGGGCUUGGCGAUUACAAGCCCUCUGAACUAAUGGACAAAAUGCUGGGUCUCUUAGGUGAGCACAGACCAGGAUUCCUCUUCGUGCAGUUUUUCCUGAGGCUCCUGCCUUCUCAGGUGCGGGCUUCUUUAGCCAACACCGCCAUUUUGGACUGCCGCGAACUAGCUGCUGAAGCUGAUAAGUUCUUUUUAGCUUCCCAACCUAGCUUUGUGGCUGCUUUCCUUCCGGCUGAGACAGAAAGACCCAUGGCAGAUUCUCCCACUCUCGCUGCUGCUGCUGCGCCCCCCAGGCGGCAACCGGAUUCUGGACUAUGUUUUUUCCACGCAAAGUUUGGGACCAAAGCUAGGCGGUGCCGUCCCCCGUGCAGUUUUCGUGGACCGCCGCCGGGAAACGCCGGGGCCGGCGUUCAGCAGUGGCCAUGAGCGUCGGCAGUGCGGGCAGGCUGCUCUUCAUCCAGGACUCCCUCUCUGGGCGACGGUUCCUGUGUGACACCGGCGCGCAGAGGAGCGUCCUACCAGCAUCAAGGUUGGACAUGCUGUCUGAGUCGCAUGGCCCCCCCAUGGAAGCGGCCAAUGGCAGCCCUAUCCGCACUUACGGAAUACGGUAUGUGGAACUGUGUUUUGGUGGACAGCGUUUCAGUUGGGACUUUGUGACUGCUAAAGUGACGGUGCCGCUCAUCGGUGCAGAUUUUCUCUGUGCUUUCGGCCUCCUUGUGGAUGUUAAAAACAGGCGUUUGGUGGAUGCGAUUACGUUCUGCUCGUACAAGUGCAGUCUCAGCGCGACAGACUCCAUCAGGCUUUCCAGCAUGCUACCCAUCGCAGACGUUUUUCUGCGCCUCCUCGCCGAGUUCCCCACCCUGGCGCAGCCCACGUUCUCAUCAUCUACCGCCAAGCAUGGUGUGGAACACCACAUUGCCACCGCGGGCCCCCCUGUGCAUGCACGAGCCCGGCGCUUGGACCCUGCUAAGCUCUCCAUCGCUAGAGCUGAAUUCGAGACCAUGGAACGCCUCGGGAUCAUUCGCCGCUCAGACAGCCCGUGGUCGUCGCCCCUCCACAUGGUGGAGAAGCCCGGGGGUGGUUGGCGGCCAUGCGGUGAUGACCGCAGACUCAACGAGGCGACUACCCCGGACCGUUAUCCGGUCCCCCACAUACAAGAUUUUUCCGCCAACCUCGCUGGAAAAUCUGUGUUUUCUAAGGUGGAUCUCGUCCGGGGCUAUCAUCAGGUGCCGGUCCACCCCUCUGAUAUCCCGAAGACAGCGGUCAUCACCCCAUUUGGACUGUUUGAAUUUUUACGUAUGCCUUUUGGCCUUAAGAGUGCCGCACAGACUUUCCAGCGGUUAAUGGACUCUGUUUUACGUGACUUGCCGUUUCUAUUUGUCUAUUUGGAUGAUAUCCUGGUCGCAAUCACCUCUCAGGCCGAGCAUGUGACCCACCUCAGGUCCCUUUUUCAGCGCCCUAGCCAACAUGGGCUCAUUUGCGGGGCAGUUCCCCUCCCAGCGAAGGUUGCUGCCAUCGCAAACUUCCCCCGCCCACUCACGGUUAAGGCUCUUCAGGAGUUCCUUGGCAUGGUAAAUUUUUACCAUCGUUUCAUUCCCCGAGCAGCUGACCUCAUGCGGCCGCUGUAUGAUGCUCUUAAAGGAGCUGCUCCCAAGCACAUGGUGGACUGGUCUGACGCACGGCACACUGCUUUUUUGGGGGUCAAGUCUGCUCUCGCUAACGCUACCCUGCUGGCACACCUAUUACCUGAUGCUCCUAUUGCAAUCACCACGGACGCGUCAGACUAUGCUGUAGGUGCAGUGCAUGAGCAGUGGGCGGGUGGCACUUGGCAGCCUUUGGCUUUCUUUAGCAGGCAGUUGCGUCCCUGCGAGCGGAAAUAUAGCACAUUUGACCGUGAGCUCCUUGGCCUCUAUCUGGCCAUACGCCAUUUCCGUUCGUUGCUUGAAGGCCGGCCUUUCACGGCUUUUGUGGACCACAAACCCCUCACUUUCGCGAUGGCCAAGACGGCUGAACCGUGGUCAGCUCGGCAACAGAGGCACCUCUCCUACGUCUCAGAGUUCACGACGGACAUCCAGCACCUUGCUGGUAAGAGCAAUGUCGUGGCUGAUUGCCUUUCCCGAGCCGUCGCGAGCGCUGUCCAUGUGGGACUUGAUUUUGCACAAAUGGCAGUUGACCAGGCCGACGACCCAGACAUCCAAGCUCUGAAGGCUGCAGCCACAGGGCUUCGGUUGUCUGAGGUCCCAUUUGAGGGCACCGGGGUUACACUCCUUUGUGACGUCGCUACCGGUCGGCCACGGCCCCUCGUGCCCGCCAUUUGGAGGCAGCGCGUGUUCGACUCCAUCCACGGCCUUUCCCACCCUGGGAGGAAACCUUCCCAGCGGCUGGUUGCUGCAAAAUUUGUCUGGCGUGGACUGAAAAAAGACGUUAGGGACUGGGCUUCCACAUGUGUGGCAUGCCAGCGCUCAAAAGUGCACUGCCACACGCGGGCCCCACUGGCACCGUUUACGGUUCCGGAGCGCCGUUUUGACCAUGUCAAUGUGGACCUGGUCGGACCUCUCCCAUCCUCACGCGGCUGCACAUACCUCCUCACGAUGGUUGACAGGACCACACGCUGGCCGGAGGCAGUACCUCUGACGCGCGCGUUCAUUGGUAUGUGGGUUGCCCGUUUCGGUACCCCAUCGGACCUAUCAUCCGACCGGGGCUCUCAGUUCACUUCUGAGCUCUGGGCCGCUGUGGCCGAGAGCUUGGGUGUGAAACUCCACCACACGACGGCGUAUCACCCGCAGGCCAAUGGUAUGUGUGAGCGAUUUCACAGGUCCAUGAAGGCAGCACUUAGGGCGUCCCUGAAGGACAGCGCUUGGGUAGACAAGCUCCCUUGGGUGAUGGUGGGGCUUCGGACUGCCCCCAAGGAAGACUUGCAAUCUUCCUCGGCAGAGUUGGUGUAUGGCCAGCCCCUGCGAGUGCCAGGCGACUUUAUUCCUUGCACGACGACACCUUGGUCCGCCGGUAAGCAGCGAGCUGCUCUCCUCGAUGCCGCCAAGAGUUUUGCCCCCAUCCCCACUUCUCAACACGGCCUUACGCCGCCUCAUGUUCCCGCUUCCUUAAAGGGAGCAGCGUUUGUUUUUGUCCGACACGACGCCCACCGCGGCCCCCUUCAGCCUCCUUACGAUGGGCCAUUUCGCGUCCUAGAGAGCGGUGACAAGCAUUUUCUGUUGGACAUCGGGGGUCGGUCUGAAAAGAUCACGGUGGACCGGCUGAAAUCGGCCCACUUGGAUCUUAGUCAGCCGGUUACCACGGCCGCCCCCGGGACCUUGGACAGUGCAGGUGCCCUUCCGGUCCCCCCUGCUGACUCCCCGGCGUUGACAAACAUGUCCGCUCAGGGACUGCUGAGCAGCGUUUUCUCCUGCUCGCUCAGUCCCAGGGCCAUCUCCAAGCGUGGGCUGAGGCAGACCAGGAGCUUGGACCCGGUACUGAUGAGGCACUACGGAGCGGAGAACACGUCCUACCAGGGAGCACAAUAA